CCAGAAACAAGUGAGCAAAAAUAGCAAGGAAUUUGUUGUUGGACCGACAUGGACGAUAUCGAUAAGCAUAAAUCAAUAUAAAAAAAGUCAUGUCGUCCGUCUUUGAAGAUAUCGCUGAUGCGCCUGAUGCUGCUGACGAGCGAGGUGAUGCUAUUGAGGAGCCAUCCAUCUCCAUGAGAAAAAAGCCUCCUCCUGGAGAAGAGGGAAAUCACGAGAAACCUCCAGAUAUUAUCACCGGAGAAGAAGCUGCUCCUGAAGAAGGGACUACAGCAGUAGUUGUAGUAGUAGAUGAGAAACAACAAGUGGUAGAUGAGAAGCAAGCUGAAGAGGCUAAUUCAUCACCACCUCCCGACGAUGCGCCUUCAGGGGAUGCGCCGACAGGUGCGGGCCAAGUGACAGAGGCAUUUGAAGGAGACGAGAAAGUACUAACUACUACAGAUGAAACAGAACAAAUACUUCCAGAAGGCGCGCCAGCAUCUUCCGAAAUAUUAAACGUAGGACCACUACCACAGAUAGACGGCGAACAACAAGGCGCAACAAGAACUUCUAAAGUCGAAGAUGCACCACCAGCUACUACAGAAGGAGAAGUAGUAGCAGAUGAAAAUAUUGGUGAAGAGAGGACUUCUGAGCAAACUGGAGAGGCAGAUGAAGCUCAUGCAGAACCUGCUGUUAAAGACGAUACUGGCGCACAAGAAGAAUCACAUGAGGCACAAGAAUCUACUACAGACCAACAACAACUGGAUGCAGGAGAAGGGCAACAAGUCGAAGGUCAAGCAGGUCAACAAAGUCAAACACAAGCGGAAGCUCAGGGUGCAGGAGCUUCAGAGGCUCCACCACCUCCUUCGACACAAAAAAAAGGUGGAAAAAACGCUUUCCUAGACAUGAUGGCUGAAGAAGAGGCAGAAGCAGCUGCAACAACCGCUGAAGAGGAAGGAGGUGAAGAGGUAGAAGUUGAGCGGUUAAACGUUAAGGCUGUUGUUGGAGUACCUCUGUAAAUAAUUCAUCUUGAUGUCUGUGUUUGCCUUCAUCUGCAUUGAUUCCUGAAAAGUAUGCUCAAGUAAGUAGUUGUUCCUGUGCCAUAAGGUGGAUACUGCUUUGUUUAUGGAUACUGCUCUCCAUUGAAGAGUCUUCAACGAUGCAGAAGCUGAAAGAUGAAUCUCUAUUGCGUAGACGUCCAUUGAAGAGUCUUCAAGGAUGCAGAAGCUCAAAGAUGUAGACGUCCUCCUGCUCUAAGACCGAGCCAAAAUACCACGGUAGGAAUCCAGAUGCGUCACCCUACAAGCUUUUUCCGAAGAAAAGCCUGUUGAAAGUGCAAGAAACCGAAGUAAAUAGGGCUUUGGCGGCAACGGCGUUGUUGACAUCGCACGAUAUGAGAGAGUUUUACGGAGUCGGCAUCUUGGUCUAUUUCGCAUGCGAUAAGCACACACGGCCAACUCCCGUUUAUCUGCUCACGUCGGCUUAUUUUAUGACAUGGAGGAGUUUGACUUUGACUAUUUGGACUACGAGUGCUGGCUAGGACUAAUCAAUGAUGUUGAUACUCGUUCUGCUGGUGUGAGCCUAAAGACGAGGUAUUUUUAGCAAGAAGAUCGCAACACCAAGAAGAUCUUCCAUCACUAUGAUUACAUGAACAACACGCACUCAUCCUCAUCCUCAUCUUCCUCGCAUGCGUAUCUCUAUCUAGCAAGAAGAUUAUAACAGCAAGAAGAGGAUCUAAGUUUCGUAUUGGCAGUGAGCGUUUUGCUGCGAAGGUGAAGUGCGUGGUGAAGUUACGCGGAGGCCCGGAUAGCAAAGAUACUGCAGGACGAUACAACAUUGGUUACAAUUGUCUUCCUCGUGGUCGGCCCGUCGGGUUUUUGGUCGAUAGAUUGACGAAUAUCACUCUGGUGCGUGUGGAGGACGAGAGCUGUGCGACUGAUAGUUAAGAGGUGUAGAAUUUGAGCCAGUGUCUAGGGGUCGUAGGGGAGGUGUUCGUGUUCAUCUGUAUGUUAGAGAGCAACGACUGCGUUGUACACUGGAACGUUGAUCAUCUACAGUACUGGAUAGCGAUGGAUGAUGGAAACACAGGUCACAGUUCUUGCUCGACAGACCACUUCUAACGCACCGACUCGGCAGCCCUAUAUCGAAUCCCUGCUAGAGAAUUCGCGGUACCGCUGGAGCCGUAUAUCUAUCGUGCUGAGAUCGAGAAAGAAAAGCUGUUGGCAGAGUUCAUGGUGAUGGUCGACGUGAUGUGGGAUCCGGUAAGGGUGGUUCAUAGGUUAUGGCAAGACAAAACAUAAUACGUCAUGUGGGAGGACCCUGUGAGAGUGGUUCAUAGGUUAUGACAAGACAAAACAUAAUACGUCAUGUGGGAGGACCCUGUGAGAGUGGUUCAUAGAUUAUGACAAGACAAAACAUAAUACGUCAUGUGGGAUCCAGUAACAAGGAUGGCUCAUAGGAAGUUAUGAAUACAAGGAUGCGCUUUGUUCGUAUUCAACGGGGUACUACAGGUAACGGUAAGUGAGUAGAAGUCUAGACCUGGGCUCUUAUCUUUUCUAACCGUAAGAGAAGUCGAGGAUGAGAAUGGGAUGCUACAGCUUGUAGAGGAGGACUUGACCCCUGAAGAGCUUGAGGAAAUUAAGGAUUUGCGUGACGAGGAGAUCAAGAAACGAAAAAUCCGGAAAUACUAUGUAUGACGAAAGAUUCAUGAAUACUAUGUGUAUGUAUCUAUGUGUAUGUAUCUCUAUCUAUGUGUAAUGUAUGAGACCUAACCUAACCGAUCAUGGCCAAGAAAAAUUUACGUAUCAUACUCUUAGUCCUCGACAGUCGUGUAGUCGCCUCAGGGGGGGCCUACACGGCGAUAGUCACGUACUCCAUCAAUUAGGGUCCCAGUCGUUUUGACGUUGAUCUUCAUUUACCACUGCUUAACUAUUUACACCUAAAUGAAGGUCCGACCAAAAAAUAACGCGGCCUUUCUUCAACAUUAUCAUGUCUUAGAGAGCCACGACUUACUACAUUUUUCAUUUCAUAUGCGGAAAGUCCGGAGACGGCGCACAUGGACAUCCUAGAAGGCGGCCACGCCAAUGCGGUGACAACAGAUAGUUUGCGCUACCCGUUGUUGUCCAGAAACGCAUGUAAUGGGCAACCGGUGUUUUAUAUGCAAUCGCAAAGGAAUCAAGGGAGGAUAAUGUUAUGACUCUGGGUAGAAGGAGAUGAAGGCAGGAUACUGUUAUUUUUAGACUACAAAGGAAUCAAGUGAGGAUAAUGUUAUGACUCUGGGAAGAAGGAGAUGAAGGCAGGAUACUGUUAUUUUUAGACUACAAAGGAAUCAAGGGAGGAUAAUGUUAUGACUCUGGGCAGAAGGAAAUGAAGUAGUUAGUUAAGUAUGACUAUGAUAGGUAGAAGUGAAGGCAGGAAGGAUACUGUUAUUUUUAGACUACUUAGUUAAGUAUGACUAUGAUAGGUAGACGUAGAAGGCAGCACUUGAUCAAAUUUCGUUUCUUUUCUUCUUUUCCUAGUUAGGGCUCCACUAGAGGAGGUAUGUGUAGAAGGAAGUACGAAGACGGAGGCUAAUGUUAAGUUGAAAGCACAAAGUAUGAGGUAGAAAUCAAGGAGGGAGGUGGUGAUCGAAGCCGAUAAGUAUUUUGCUUUUUUCUUACUAUCCUAAUUCUGUAUUUUCUAAGCAAGGGUUACUUGAUCUUGAACUUUUUAGGCCUUAAUAAAUCGUAUUAAAUUUCGUGUCUAUCAUCUACAUCUUCAUCUAAACCCUCUCUCCCCCGUCCUCUCCUGCGAGUGCUUUUUUUACCAUCUAAUCCUUCUCUCCCCCGUCCUCUGCGGAGUGCAUUUGAACAACAAUGCGGAAGGCAGAGCAGAACUGCUGGAGAUACAUAGGACCAUGCGGGACGCGAGGGAGACGGUGCACUAUGACGACAAUGAUUCUAGUUCAGAAGCCGAGCGAUGGCGAGAAGAAAAUAGGAAAGCCAUUAUGAGGAGACGAAGACUUAGUUGAAGUUACUAGACAAGAUGGAGAGGUCUCAGAAGUGCGUAUUUGAAUUUUCCUCUUAUUAACAGUGGUUCUUUAGUACCAAGCAGGUAUGUAGUAAGUGUAUACUUGUUCUCACCUGUUUUUCAUCCUGGUUUUUUUCUACAACUACUAGACCUUCAGACAGGAGCUUCUACUUCUACCUCCUGCGCAUACGAACACUACUAUUUCCUAUGCACACUACAGAUUUUGUGAGGAUCACGAUCUACUUCACCGAAAUAGUUACAAAAAUAUCGUCUUUCACGACCCUGCAGCAUUUCUUCAGGAAGGCUGUACUAUGACCCAGACCCCCUGCUUCAUGAUCCGAGAAGGUAUGACGGCAGAGGAGCGCGAAGAAGAAGAACGCAUGGAAGAAAUGCGAAAGGACCGAGAGAGGGAAGAAUUAGCUCGUUACUCCGCGUACGGUGCCAAAGCCAAUACGGCGAUUAGACUGAUGGGGGACAAGUAUUUGCUAGAAACUUUGAGAUUUACACUUACUUUUUUCUCCAUUGGCAUGGACCGUUUUGAUAUGCUACCAGAAUGAGAUACUCCUUGUGGUUCUUCUUGUAGUUCUUCUACAUUUUGAUUUUGAUAUUCAGUUGAUGAUAUGUUAAUGUUGCUAAGAAGAUAGAGAUUAUCAUUAGCUUCAGCAGCAUUUGAAUGAUUCUAAUUUCUCGUUUGAGUUUAGAUGUGCAGGAUCCAUAACCUAACCUAACCCAGCCUAACCUUAAUUCCCGAAAACGCCUGCUCCAACAACCUCCAAAACAGUUAUUCCGUUGUCCGAGACUUUUAUCAAGAUAUGUUUUUGCAAGCCAUUUUCCAGUAUGACUUUCCUUCUGCGGAAGCGGCUGCAGGAUGUCUGCGACAGCCUAGUAUCAAUUUACGACACUAAAGCAGACUAUUUGACGUGAGAAGGGAAAAUUCUAGGCACAUUGACAUUCGAAAAACUGAAAUAACCGAGUUACUGACUGAAAUAUGGGGCGUAGCUUAACGUCAAGGCUACGCUUCCUUCUCAUCAGUAUCUCGGUUGUUCUCGUCUGUUACUUGCUUCUUUCAGUUUAUCGACUAGAUGCAAUUGAUCAAACGGACCCUUUUCGUUUUGAGACGGGGUGCCAUUCUCAAGGUCGGGUGUUGAAUCAUCAAAUUCGAUGUCUUCAGUAGUUCAUGAUCUUCAUGUUUACUUACAUCAACAGCCCCAGGUAAGUACUUGAUACCCCAUCUUCGAAGUCAGUCUCUGCUCUAAGCCCACGCCGCAUCCCAGAGUGGAACCAUCAAACGCUAUUGCAUCUAGUGGCUUCGACGGCUGCACCCGGAUUUCUAGAGGCUGAAACUAGUGUCAAGAUGACGAGAUUGCUUGUCAAAAGUCACGCGGAUAUUUAUGGGAAGAUGAAGAGUGUGGAGCGGGUCUAACUACCAGAAUCUUGUUGUUUCUUCUCCUACCCUUUGCUUGGGCGAUCAUUGCUCUAUGCACCCAUUCACACGCAGCACAGCUCCAAGUCAUCAUGUAGUGCUAAUACAAUGAGUCGGUGUAUUAAAGGUGGCUCGCCUACUUUGGAGGUACUUCUCCACUCAAUGGCCUCAUAGUACAUAGAUGCGAAACGCUAUAAAAGAGGUUCCAUGUUGACAUGCCAUUGAGCUGCCACACUCACUCUACCUCUAACCCCUUUCCAUCACUGACAACAACGGUUGGACCCCUCUGAUGUCGCAUGUGGCCAACUCGGUGAGUGACACCGUUACCUUGCUUGCCAUCAGGUUGCAGUACGAAGCGAGCAACGAAAUCCUCCAACAAGUCUUAAAUCAAGUUAUGGAAAUGAGUGCGAGUAACAUUAAGAAUAUCUUCAUCAAGAGGUGAUGAUACGAAUGAGCCAUGUGGCACUUUCAGUAUCAAACUUGGGUUGCUUAAAGAAAUCGGGCACUUAGCUUGGUCAUCUUAGCACAGAGUCGUUGGCCUGUUCACUCAAUAUCAGCACAAAGCAGUUGUUGGCGUGUUCACUUAAAUAAUAUCUAUAUCACUCUCAAUGAGAAUGAAUGCUAUUCAUUUUCUUUCAUAAAACUAUAACAAUAACUACUAGUUGGACUAGCAGCACUACAGCUUCUCUCUAACCUCCAAACCAAUGAAGGAUGGAACGUGUACGAGAUUGGAGUUCUGUACAAUGCGGAGGAGGAACUCUUAGACUACCUGAAAGAGAAAUUUCCCAUGAUUUAUCGUCCAGAUAAACUUCAGCGUGCUUGGGGGACGAGAAGGAAAUUUGGAAUUUGAUGCUGUUGGCUGCUUGGUUUGAGGAGAAAAAAUUUGAAGAUCAAAAUUUGAAAAAAAAAGCGGACGAAUAUCAAAAUUUGAAGACGUGCUAUGUACUUAUCAGGAUUUAUAUUGAAGAAAAAAAGCUCCAG